UGCAUUUAGAAUAGCACUUUAUACUUUCUAACAUGACAAGUUUAAAAAUCACCAAAAAGCAUCACAAACAUUUCAAUAAUCCUUUCCCUUCCACCCCAAAGUCACUCCCAUUGAUAUAUGGAACUUUAUUCUUAAAUUCUCAUGCACUCCCUUCCCAUCGGAUCUACCCCAUUGGUAAAGAUUUCCAGUUGAAUUGGUUAUCAAAAAAUGGAGGAUUUCUUUCAAUCUCUCACAAAUCUGAGCUUACAAGGCCCUUGUGGUCCACUCUUCCUGGUGAACCUUUCAUUUCUGCAGCAAUUGCUGAAACUGAAGUGGAAGAAAGCAGAGGUUCUUUCGUCGUCAAAGAUAAAUAUGUUCAUUCCCUUUCAAAUAAUCAAACCAUUGACGACAUAAAGAUCAUAAACGAAUCUGAUAAAGAUCACAUUUUCCCGUCAUUUUUCAAAUCAAAGAAUCCCCUGUUUCCUGUUGUAAUGAUCACGGGGAAAGUUUUCGGUGUCAAUAAACGAAAGAAAAAGGUUAGAUUUUCACGAAGAAAAGAUUCGGACAAAGAAAAUUCAACUUGUGCAAGAUAUUGGAUUCUGUUUGAUCAGAAAGAAUGUCAUCAAGUUGGUUUCCAAGUGAGAAUUGGGAAAACAGAUCUAGAACUUCCAAAAAGAGUUUCUCCAAGAAGUUAUAGGAACUUUUCUCUAAAAUUUGGUCGAAUUCGGAGACGUAGAGAUGGGUGGUUUGGAGGAUUAAAAAAGUCUAUCACUGUUUCAUCAUCAAGUGAGGAGAAUGUGGUGAUGAAAAGUAGUGGAGGACUUACUAAUAAUAGGAUUUGUGUAACAUAUUCAAGUGAAAGAAAUGAGAAAAUAUUUGGUUUUGGAGAGCAAUUUUCUCAUAUGAACUUUAAAGGAAAGAGGGUCCCUAUUUUUGUUCAAGAACAAGGGAUUGGACGAGGCGAUCAACCUAUUACCUUUGCAGCCAAUUUAGUUAGCUACAGGGCAGGGGGUGAUUGGAGCACAACUUAUGCGCCUUCGCCAUUCUACAUGACAUCAAAGAUGAGGUCAAUGUACUUGGAGGGUUAUGACUAUUCAGUGUUUGAUCUAACAAAAGAUGAUAGAAUUCAGAUACAGUUACAUGGGGACUCAUUUGAAGGUCGGAUACUGCACGGGAACUCACCUUCUGAGCUCAUUGAAUGUUUCACAGGAAGUACUGGUAGGCCUCCACUUCUUACAGAAUGGAUUAUUUCUGGUGCAGUGGUGGGAAUGCAAGGUGGCACGGACACUGUCCGGAGUAUUUGGGAUGAAUUGCAAAGAUAUGACGUCCCAGUAUCAGCAUUCUGGCUGCAGGAUUGGGUAGGGCAGAGAGAAACAGUCAUUGGAUCACAACUUUGGUGGAAUUGGGAAGCAGAUGAAAUGAGAUACUCGGGAUGGAAACAACUAAUUCGAGACCUUAAUAUGCAACAUAUCAAAGUGAUGACAUAUUGCAAUCCUUGUCUGGCUCCGAUGGAUAAAAAGCCAAACUUAAGAAGACACCAUUUUGAGGAGGCAAAGAAGUUGGAUAUCUUAGUAAAAGACAAGAAUGGGGAGCUGUAUAUGGUUCCCAAUACAGCAUUUGAUGUAGGGAUGCUGGAUUUGACACAUCCACGUACCGCAAAUUGGUUCAAGCAGAUUCUGCAAGAAAUGGUAGAUGAUGGAGUAAGAGGAUGGAUGGCAGAUUUUGGCGAAGGCCUUCCUGUGGAUGCCUUCUUGUAUUCAGGUGAAGAUCCAAUUGCAGCACAUAAUAGAUAUCCUGAAUUAUGGGCAAAAAUCAACAGGGAAUUCGUGGACGAAUGGAAAAACACACAUGUAGGUAAAGAGGGAGAAGAUCCAGAGGAUGGUUUGGUUUUCUUCAUGAGGGCUGGUUACAGGGAUACUCCGAAAUGGGCAAUGCUAUUUUGGGAGGGAGACCAAAUGGUGAGUUGGCAAAAAAAUGAUGGCAUCAAGAGUGCAGUCGUUGGCUUGCUUAGCGGAGGACUUUCAGGAUAUGCUCUUAAUCACAGUGACAUUGGAGGUUACUGUGCAGUAAACUUACCAUUUUUUAAGUAUCGAAGAAGUGAAGAGCUUCUCUUGAGAUGGAUGGAAUUGGCUGCCUUCACCACCGUGUUCCGGACACAUGAAGGUAACAAACCAUCUUGCAACAGCCAGUUCUACUCUAACAAUAGAACUCUGUCACAUUUCGCACGUCUUGCCAAGGUCUAUAAAGCAUGGAAGUUUUACAGGAUUCAACUAGUUAAGGAAGCCUCUCAGAAAGGGCUACCAAUUUGUCGACAUCUCUUCCUUCACUAUCCAGAAGAUGAACAUGUACAUACCUUAACAUAUGAGCAAUUUCUAGUUGGCACAGAGAUACUUGUGGUACCUGUGCUCGACAAAGGCAAGGAAACUGUUAAGGCCUAUUUCCCGAUAGGAGAAAACUCAUCAUGGAAGCAUAUUUGGACUGGAAAAUUGUAUUCAACACAAGGUUCUGAAGCUUGGGUGGAAGCACCAAUUGGAUAUCCUGCCAUUUUUGUUAAAGAAGGAUCUCUUGUUGGAGAAAACUUUUUGGAAAAACUCGGCGAAUACAAUGUCUUAUAAUGAAAGUGAUGUAAAUUGUUUUUAGGAAUUAUAACCAUGGAAGUAGCAUUUAGCAUUCUUUCUAUUCUACAGUUACAUAGAUGUGGUGAUAA